CUAAAACAUACCUACAAGGCUACAACCCAAUAAAAAAAUAUAACCCCUCCUCUCCUUCCUGUUCCACCGCCGAUUGUACAUCUCUCUAAAUUUCCUGCAUUUCCAAAUCCUUAACCUUUCUACGACGACAAUCUUUUUUCCGUCUCUUCUGCUACCUUCGAUUUCACUGCUUCAUUUCAUUUGAUCGCCGAUCCAAAAUCACAUCGCUACCCUGCGCACAAACUCACAGCACAGCCAAAAGGUUUCUCUGCUGCUGCGUCCUCCUUCCAACUGCGGUGCUCGCUAGUCGCUAGUGUCCCCGCAAUUCAUCCUCACGCCGAGGAUUUAAGCAGCCGUAGCUUCCAAAGAUAUUUUGUCAAUAUAUUCAUCCAAUAUGAUACCAACUUCCUAUCAAAGAACUACUGUGGACGGAUGAACCAAUGUUUAGUAUGUCUCAAUUGAUUGAAGGUCUUCCCGACGCUGUUGCCAUCAGGUGCAUUGCACGAGUCCCCUUUUACCUGUUCCCCAAAUUAGAGCUCGUCUCUCGUUCCUGGCGAUCUGCCAUUCGCAGCUCUGAGCUCUAUAAAGCCCGACAAGAGGUAGGCUCAACAGAGGAGUUGCUUUGCGUGUGCGCUUUUGAACCUGAGAAUUCAUGGCAGCUUUAUGACCCACUCCGAGAGCUUUGGAUUACUAUCCCUGUUCUACCAUCCAAAAUUAAGAAUCUGGCUCAUUUUGGUGCUGUCUCAGUUAGUGGGAAGCUGUUUGUACUUGGUGGGAGCAGUGAUGCUGUUGACCCAUUGACUGGGGAUCAAGAUGGAAGCUUUGCAACCAGUGAGGUAUGGUCAUAUGACCCUGUGAUUCGAAGUUGGGCCCGGCGGUCAUCCAUGCUCGUGCCGCGUGCAAUGUUUGCAUGCUGCGCUCUGAAUGGUAAAAUAGUAGUGGCAGGAGGUCUCACUACAUGUCGGAAAUCGAUAUCUCGAGCUGAAAUGUAUGACCCUGAGAAGGAUGUGUGGUUCCCGAUACCCGAUCUUCAUAGCACUCCAGAUUCUGCUUGCACAGGACUUGUUAUUGGGGGAAAGUUGCAUGUUUUGCAUAGAGGCCUUUCGACCGUGCAAGUCUUGGAGGGUGUAGCAGCAUCUGGGUGGAAGGUUGAAGACUAUGGAUGGCUGCAAGGUCCAAUGGCGGUCGUUCAAGGUGCUCUUUAUGUGAUGAGCCAUGGACUGAUUUUGAAGCAGGAGGGCAAAGCGAGGAAGGUAGUAGUUUCAGCAUCCGAGUUUAGAAAGAGGAUUGGGUUGGCUUUGACCAAACUUGGGGAUGACAUAUAUGUGAUUGGAGGGGUUAUUGGCCCCGACGGAUGGAAUCGGGAAAUCCAGCCGUUGUCAGAUGUUGAUGUGUUGACUGUUCUUGGGGAAAGGCCGACGUGGCAUCGAGCAGCUCCAAUGACUAGUUGCCGUGGAACUAUUUUAGGAUGUACACAGCUGAGAAUCUAAUGGUAAAUGGUUGGCCAAAGCUCUAAUGUCAUACCAUUACAAUAUGUCCUCGGAGAAGAGAGUGAGUGCAGUUUCCAUACGCAACGAUGGGCUGUAUUUGUCUUUUGCUGACAAAUUUGGAGUUGUCUGGGUUGUAGUAUCCAUGAUCUAGAUGUCAAUGGAGCUUUCUCUAAUAGGAAGGCAGCACCUUUUCUGGCUCAUUACUGCAGCAUUAGUAUGAGACUGGAAUUUUCACCGGAUGGAUGCUUUAUAGUUGUGCAAUUCUUAUUUACUUGUUUUGAACGCAGGACUUUGAGAGUCUGGUGGAGACGAGGAGAGCUGCUGUACAGGAUAGUAAUCUUGUUGCAGUAGCCAUUCAAGGGCGAGUCUCUAAUCACUAUAAACUUUUGUUCCAUGUUAUUUGAACUUUUGUUCAGUUGAUGUGUUAGCGCUUUUCUGCUGAUGGUUGAUUUAUUUACCAUUUUAGCUUGCAAGGAGUAAUUUUGUUGGGCUGUGAAGAAAUUCCUGGUAGCCGGAAGCUGCUUGAGAAGUUGCAUGGAAGUUUCUCGAUUGACCAAAGUGUUUUCUCAGCGGCUGCUCAAGCACUGCAAUGUGCAAUUUGUUGAUUAAGAAACAGUAUCCAACAGAGAACAGGGAAUUCAGGAAGAGAACUAGAAACGAUGGAAGGCCAAACAGUAG